UGUGCGAUUGAGAACGUUCUAUAGAUUAUCUCGAUAAAACGGCGUGUAUCUCCAAGCAGAAUAUACUUUUAGUGAAGGAAACUGUCAGUCGUUUGCAGGUUGUCAAGAGUUUCGUGUGGACUACUUCCACUUCUCGAUACUGUUUUACCGAGAAAAUUGCAGCUACAAACAAACAUGCCGACUUAUAAGCUAAUAUAUUUUAAUGUAACCGGUCUUGCGGAGUCGAUUCGAUACAUGUUCCAUUAUGCCGGCAUUAAAUUCGAGGAUUUUCGAUUCAGCACUGAAGAUUGGCCCAAGUACAAGCCAGACAUGCCUUUGGGGCAUGUACCGGUUUUGGAGAUCAAUGGUAAAAAGUACAGUCAAUCCAAAGCCAUCGGCCGCUACGUCGCCAAGCAGUGUAAUCUGUAUGGUUCGGACGAUAUUGAAAACCUCGAGAUCGACGCUAUCAUCGAUAGCAUUGACGAUUUGAGACAAGUUCUGAGCAUUUACCAUCGGGAACAAGACCCCACUAUCAAAGAGAAGUUCAAGGCAGUCGUCUUGGAAAAAUUACCCUUCUACUUCGAUAAGUUCGAGGAGCAAGUGAAGAAGAACGGUGGUCACUUUGUCCGCGGCAAGCUGACGUGGGCGGACAUCGCGUAUACAUCGUUCGCCGGACCUUUAUCAAACUUUUCGAAUGUCUUAGAAGCGAAAAUCAAGCUGAAUCAUCCGGAAUUGAAGAAGCUGGAGACCAAAGUAAAUGCCAUCCCCAACAUUAAAGCUUAUCUGGAUAUACGUCCCAAAACUAUUUUUUAAAUCGAAUCAACCAAUCUACAAUUUUAUACAUACCGCCUUCGACCGUGAACUCGUUAUUCUGUACAACUUCUUACUUCAUUCGCAACGACAUUCUGUAAAAAGAGAUACCACGCUGACUAAAUGCGAAAUAACAUUGAACAGCCAGUUUGCAGCGUAACAAAUAUUAAUAUUGUUGUUACAUGAUAACAGUUUGCAGCGUAACAAGUAUUAAUAUUGUUGUUACAAUGUAAGAGAACGUUGAAUUUUGUUAAAUAAAAAUAUCAAUACGUCUUUUA